GCGAGAGAUAGAAAGCGAGAGUCGUCCGCCGGCCUUUGAGAGAGAGAGAGAGAGAGAGAGAGAGAGGGUUGAGUAUAGUAGGAGCGGACGAGGUGCUGAUCCGUCGAUCCAUCUUUCCUCUUCGUUUUCUCGUGGCGGCUGCGGCUGCGGGGGUUUUGAGUCCUGGGAUCUCCUCGCCCUCGCCGCGGGGCUAGCAACAGAUCUAGGGUUUCUGCUCUGCUCUACCAGUCUCUCAUCCAUGGCUUCGGCGGCGGCGACCCAAGUGGGGACUUACUUCCUGCGCAACUACUACAAUCUGCUGCAGCAGAACCCCGAUGUGGUGCACCAGUUCUACAGCGACGCCAGCACCAUGGUCCGCGUCGACGACCUCGCCGGCACCAACACCACCGUCAACAACAUGAUGGAUAUACACUCCCUCAUCAUGUCCUUGAAUUUCACCCAAAUCGAGAUCAAGACUGCCAACUUUAUCAACUCGUGGGGCGAUGGGGUGCUAGUUAUGGUCUCUGGUCUCGUGCAGACCAAGGAGUACAGUCACCAAAGGAAAUUUAUCCAGAUGUUCUUCCUUGCUCCACAGGAGAAGGGUUACUUUGUCCUCAAUGAUUAUUUUCACUUUGUUGACCAAGAACAGGUGCAGCCUGCACCAGUGAUUGCUCAGGAAAACUUCGAGAGCAAUUUGGCAUCCAACACGGUUGUCGAAACUGUUCCUGAGUACAUUCAUGAGGAAGAAAGUCAAGCAGUGCAAUGUGCUGUUCCAAUAACAUCUGAAGAAAAUGACGCGGUUGACAACUAUACUUAUUCGGAGCCACCACAACAAGUAGUUUAUCAACCUGACAACUGGGGAGAGGAACCUCUUCCUGAAGAACCGCUUUCUUCCUUCUCGAAUGGAAUGGCGACAGCACCAGAAGAGCCAGUGCAACCUCCCUCUGUGCCACCUCCGUACAUGGAGGAACCUGUUGGUGAACCCGUAAAGAAGACAUAUGCUUCCAUUCUAAAAACCGCAAAAGCCCCACCUGCAUUUCCUGUAGCCCAGCAAGCCCCUGUGAGUAAGCUUUCUCACCCAACAACAGAGUCCAACCAGGCCCAGCAUUCAGCAUCAACAGCAGCCGAGAAGCCCAGAUCUGAUGCCUUUGGUGAUGUUGCUGCCCAUGAUGAUGAAGAGAGCAAAUCUGUUUAUGUUGGGAACGUGCCAUCAUCUGUAUCCGAGGCUGAUCUCGAGAAUGAGUUCAAGAAGUUUGGUCGGCUCAUCCCUGAUGGUGUUGCUAUCAGAAGCCGCAAGGAGACUGGUGGCUAUUAUGCCUUUGUGGAAUUUGAGGAACUUAGUGGUGUCCACAAUGCAUUAAAGGCUUCACCAAUUGAAAUAAACGGACGUCAGAUAUAUGUUGAGGAGCGGAAGCCUAACAGCGGAAUAAGAGGUGGAAGGAGGGGAGGUAGGGGCCGCUUCAGCGGUGGAGGUCGAGGAAAUGUGCGAGGCGGAGGCGAUGAGUACAAUGGCAACCGUGGGAGGUCGAAUGGUUACCAGCGUGCUCCUCAUCAGGAGAGGGGCAUACUGGGGAGCCACGCUCCAAGGAACUGAUGCGAUGCUGCAGCAAGCAUAAGGUUUUGAUCUGUCGUCAAAGGGAGAGAGAUCGAGAACUAAGCAGUAGUAGUCUAUCUGCUGGGUUGCGUUCUGAUUUUGGGGUUUGGCCUGUUUUGUCGAUGAAUGUGUGCGCGUCGGCCUAUGUGGACCUUCAACUUUUGCUAGACUCUUGUUUAUGCUGAUGCUGUCUGUUUACUUGAAGAGCAGCUGUUGCGUUUGUCUGUCA